GUGCAAUUGAAAAGACAGAACUGAGUUCUGUCAAUACAUCUUCAAGUGAGCACCAGAGUCAAUUGCAGUCAUUUGGAUUGGAAUCUGGUAAGAUACAACAGAAUGGCAAAAAUGGUAAACCAACAAACCCCACAAAUUCUGAGAGCUGGACAUCGAAUGCAGUUUGUCGCUAUCAUCAUUCUUGAACUAUUGCUUCUGGGUGAAAUUCAUGGCUGGACGUACAAUUACACUAUUGAAGAUAUGUCUUGGAAAAAUGCAAGAUCCUUUUGUCAAAAAAAAUAUACUGAUAUGGUUGCAAUCCAGAAUGCAGAAGAAAUAGAAUAUUUGAAUAAUAACAUACCAAAAUCAAGAAGUUAUUACUGGAUUGGACUGAGGAAAAUUAACAAUGUUUGGACCUGGGUUGGCACUGAGAAGCCACUCAGCAAAGAAGCAGAGAACUGGGCUAAAGGCGAACCCAAUAAUAGUGCAAAAACUGGGAAGGAAGAUUGUGUAGAAAUGUACAUUCAGAGAGACAGUGACUCAGGGAAGUGGAAUGAUAUCAACUGUGACAAGAAGAAAAAACCUUUGUGUUACACAGCUUCAUGUAGUAAAAUGUCAUGCAGUGGCAAAGGAGAGUGUGUAGAAACCAUUGGAAGUUACCGUUGUGUCUGCAAUGAUGGAUUCUACGGACCAGAGUGUGAACAUGUUGUAAAUUGCACAAACCUAGAGGAGCAAGAACAAAUGACUAUGACCUGCUUGGAUCCAUUUGCCCCAUUCAGUUACAACUCAAUGUGCAACUUCAGCUGUGCUGAGGGCUUUAAGCUCCGAGGGUCAGAAACACUGGAGUGUGGAGCAUCUGGGGAGUGGUCGGCGCCAACUCCUCGCUGUGAAGCUGUACAAUGCGUAAACCUGGAGGAGCAAGAACAGCUGAUUAUGACCUGCUCAGAUCCAGUUGCCCCAUUCAGUUACAACUCAACGUGCAACUUCCGCUGUGCUGAGGGCUUUGAACUCCAAGGGUCAGAAACACUGGAGUGUGGAGCAUCUGGGGAGUGGUCGGCGCCAACUCCUCGCUGUGAAGCUGUACAAUGCGUAGACCUGGAGGAGCAAGAACAGCUGACUAUGACCUGCUCGGAUCCAUUUGCCCCAUUCAGUUACAACUCAACGUGCAACUUCAGCUGCGCUGAGGGCUUUAAGCUCCGAGGGUCAGAAACACUGGAGUGUGGAGCAUCAGGGGAGUGGUCAGCGGUGACCCCUCAGUGUGAAGCAGUACAAUGUACAAAAAUUGGGGAACAAGAACAGUUGAUUAUGACCUACUUGGAUCCAUUUGCACCCUUCACUUACAACUCAACAUGUGACUUCAGCUGUGCUGAGGGAUUUCAGCUCCGAGGGUCAGAGAGACUGGUGUGUGGAGCAUCAGGGGAGUGGUCGGCACCAACCCCUCACUGUGAAGCUAUACAAUGUGCAAAUCUGGAGAAGCAUGAAGAGAUGGUUCUGACCUGCUCGGAUCCAUUUGCUCCAUUCAGUUACAACUCAACGUGCAACUUGCGCUGUGCUGAGGGCUUUAAGCUCCGAGGGUCAGAAACACUGGAGUGUGGAGCAUCUGGGGAGUGGUCGGCGCCAACUCCUCGCUGUGAAGCUGUACAAUGCAUAAACUUGGUGGAGCAAGAACAGCUGACUAUGACCUGCUCGAAUCCAUUUGCCCCAUUCAGUUACAACUCAAUGUGCAACUUCCGCUGUGCUGAGGGCUUUAAGCUCCGAGGGUCAGAAACACUGGAGUGUGGAGCAUCUGGGGAGUGGUCGGCGCCAACUCCUCGCUGUGAAGCAGUACAAUGCGUAAACCUGGAGGAGCAAGAACAGCUGACUACGACCUGCUCGGAUCCAGUUGCUCCAUUCAGUUACAACUCAAUGUGUGACUUCAGCUGUGCUCUGGGCUUUGAGCUCCGAGGGUCAAAGAGGCUUGAAUGUGGAGCAUCUGGAGAGUGGUCAGCGGCGAUCCCUCAGUGUGAAGCUGUGAAAUGUGAUGUCCCGGAGAUUCCUGAAAACGGGAACAUGAAUUGCUCCCAUCCAAAAGAAAACUUAAGUUACCUCUCAGUUUGCGAGUUUGGUUGCAUGAAGGGCUUCUCAUUGAAUGGAUCAGUGACUCUGCAGUGUGAUGGCUUUGGACAGUGGUCAGCACCAAUUCCAGUCUGUGAAGAUUCCAACCCACAACCAUUCCCUGAAAACUACACACCGAUAGUAGUAGCAUCUUCCAUGGCGUCCGGCAUCUCUGCUCUGACAUUCAUCAUCUGGCUAAUGAGGCAACUCAGAAGGAAGGCACAAGGAAAAAAAUUCUCACUUUUAAGCAAUAAAGCACAUAAAGCGUUGGGUACUUACAAAGUGAAUGAAGAAGUAUAGUGACAACUCAGGUGACAACUCAGGCUUUUCAUAUCUUAAUGCAAAGGAUGACCAGAAAUGAAAGGAUUCAGAAAAUGUAUUCCAAUAGCACCGGAUUUGCAUAUUCAACCAUUCCGACAAGUUGGUACAAUUAUGAAUGGGUGUAUGUCAAGGCAUCAUCUUUGAAUUCAUUCACACGAGUCAUCCAUCUUUCUGAAUGAUAGUGGUGGCAAAAUACCAAACUUGCCCUCUAUAAACUUGUUUUACAUGCUUGGUUUCAUGGAAUUAAGCCUCAAGAGAUAGGUACUGGGCAUUCUGAAACUGCCACACCUCCAAAGCAAGGAGACAGAGGCAACUCUGUGGUUGAUCCCAAACUAAUUUCAGAUUACUGGAUUUGCUACCAAAUUUGAUUUGAUCCAGCCUUGCAUUGUGUGCUAUGUAGAUUUAUAUAGCUACAAUGUUCAUGAUAUGUAAUGUUUACAAUACUAUUGAUUUUGAUGGACGGCAUGUUAAAUACAAAACCACUGAAGGACAAAGAAAUAUAUUACAAGUGAUAAUGGAUCUAUUUAAUGUUUUACAAUGAAUAGUCCCAUAAAGUUAGAAUUCCCUUUGCUUUUUUGUUCAGGCUCCUCUAUGCCACACACUAUUUUCUGCUGCUGUGAGAAGGCAGCCUGUAUCUAGGUAUUUUCCUAAGCUUUGGUCUCUAACCUAGAAUAAUGUCUUUGCUUACCUUUUUCUCACACCAAACUCUUAUCUACUAUUUUUUUUCUUCUUCAGCUCCCAGCCUUUUAAGACUGUGAGCAAAUUAAUGGCUGACUAUUCCAACGGCCCAGUCAUUGAAAUAUAAAGCCAUUUCAUCAGAUGUUAAGUCAUGAUAUCUACCUUCAACAGUGUCUUCAAAUUAAUCAAUUAUCUUACUAUUAAUUGUGGACUACCCCAGUUGAUGGAAAGAUUUACUAGUAAUCAUGAUGGCAAAGUACAGAACAAGCUGAAUGGAAAGUUAUUUAACAUUCCUUAAUAUCAACAGAAUUAACAAAAAAUAACUCUGUUGGGUCUUCUCAGGAAUCUGUGAAACAGCACAAGACAAUAGAAUGUAUUGCAAUAUUCCACAGUUUGUAUUCAGCUGUCUCUGUACAAAUUGGAUGCAUGAAUGUAUACACAAUUAAUAUUUAUUUAAUUCCUCCCUAUGGGAUGUGUUUAACCAUUACCUGGAGUGUUCUCUUCAGUUUUAUCCAAUUGACUAAUCAGGUUGACCGCACAAAUCGGUGAAUCAAGUUGUGAUCUUUUGUUAUCCAUAUGGCCUCAUGCCUGUGUUAUGUUAUGAUGUUGUCUUAUUAACUUGUAGCCAUUUCUCAUUUCUAAAUUCAUUGAUUCAUUUGAUUUCUAAAUCACAUUUCUAAAUUCAUUUGAUUAAUGAGGUGAUAGGAUUUGUCUCUGAUCCUUCCUUCUAAUCUAAUGUAAAUAUAAAAAUUAGGCGCAAGUAACUUGAUGUGAAGAAACACUACAUAUGGUCAUCUUUUGCUUUAUUGUUAUUCCUAUUGAAUUACUUGAAUGAAAACAAAAUUUAUAUUGUCUUUUUUAGCCUUAUUUCCCACACAGCUUGAUAACUUGACUACUGAAUUAAUAAACAAGCCAGCCUGGGAAUCUGAUACAGAACAAAAAAAAUUAGCUUAGGUUAACAUAAUAUUUAUGCUGUAUUGUCCUUUGAAUGGGCUGCAUUUGCAGCAGAGUUAUCCAUCACUACAAUAAAAGUAACAUAAAUUAACAUAAUUUAAAUUUUGUUUGAGUUUAGUUAUGUAAAAAUGAAAAGCUACUGCCAUUUCAAGUUUUUGUAAAAAGUGUUUGUACAGACUUAUAUCACUAUAUGAAAUGAUUAAGUAAUUUAUUUGUGUAUCUAAAACUGAUCAGUUCAUAUGUUUCCUGAUAUACACAGAAGUUGUAAAUAUAUUUCCAAUAAAAUACGUAUGCUGUGCAUA